UUUCAGUUUAUUGCCAGUAUAUUGGCUAAGGUGAAGCCAAGACCGGGGAUGCGAGCAGCACGUGGCCAGACGUAAACAAACAGGCGGCGCGUGGUGAUGGUAGUGGCAUGGUGCUGUGUAGCGUUAUUUAGCUCGCCUGUACCUCUGCCAAGGCAAUCAUACACUUCCCCAAGAAAACUAUCACAACACUGCACGCUAAGGGUCAUAGUUUACUAAGCCCUUAAAUCGUGAAGAAAAGGGAAACAGGAAGGAGAGCCAUGACCCAGCUGAAGCAGAAGGGUGACCUGUUUUCGGUCAAGGUAAAGAAAGACCAAAAAGGCAGUAAAAAGAAGAAGAAGCAAGAUGGAAGUAAAACAGAUUUGAAGAAAACACAAAAGGCUGACCAUCUAUCUAGCAUUGAUGCUCAGCCAUUGACUUAUAAGACACUAACAGUGGGUCAAGUUCUUCUGGGUUGCAUCUCUGAGGUGCUGGAAUAUGAGCUGGUAGUGAGCCUUCCAGACAAGCUGAUGGGGACUGUCAGCCUGGCACACAUAUCAAGGUCAUACACAACACUUAUUUCCAAGUUGAAGGAUGAUGAUGAGGAUGAUGAGGAGGUGCAUGCCCUGCAAGACCUGUACCAACCUGGCCAGUAUGUGGUGACAAGUGUUGUUUCCAUCGAGAAGAUUAAUAGCUUGACAAAAGUUAGCCUGACAUUGAUGCCAAAUGAAGUGAACUUUGGUAUCUCAGCUUCAAGCUUGGCAACAGGAUUAGUGUUACCAUGUGCAGUAGCCAGUGUGGAGGACAAGGGCUAUGCAAUGGACACUGGCAUUACUGGUAUCAAUGGAGCAUUCUUGAAGAAAGAAGACACAGAUAAGUCCUGUACUCUUGGAGUGGGAAGUGUGCUGCGAUGCAUUAUAACCAACAUCUUUGGAGAUGACAAAGAAGACAGCUUUUACUUAACCCUGAGUGCCAAGUCCAAGGCAGUGAGCUCUGCAUUCCUCAACCUAAGUGACACAUUCAAUGUGGCUCUGCUUCUUCCUGGGACUGCUGUUAAAACCACCAUUUUAAAAAUUCAGAAUGAUGCUAUCAUCCUCAUGCUAGCAGAUGUUGAUGGCAUUGUGAGCCCUCUGCAUCUAGUCAAGCCUUUUGACCAGCUCAAGCAGUACAAUCUUGGGGACACUGUACUAGCAAGGGUGCUGUAUGUCACUCCCCUCAGCAAGGUGGUUCACUUCACACUACAAAAAAGUGUUUGCAGCAAGAGAUCUGCCAUAGAUCCUUUAGAGGAACUUAAAACUGGAGACAUCAUUAGAGAAAUAGAAAUCUACAAGACAUCAUCCAGUGGGAUAUAUGUGAAGCUGAGUUCAAAUAUUCGAGGAUUUUGCUCUGGCAAUCAUUUGAGUGACAACAGUAAGAUCCUGAAACACAUAAGCCGAGACUAUCCCGUAGGCAAGAAGGUCACUUGUCGUCUCAUGAAGUAUAAUCACAUGGACCAACUCUUUAUUGUUUCUUUGCAGAAAUCUGUCCUUGAACAACAAUUUGUGACCUUCAGUGAGCUGAAAUCUGGACAGAUUGUGGAAGCCACAAUGAGUGGAUAUGAUGACACUGGAGCAAGGUUGGCUGUAAGCAAAAGGAUUACUGGUCAUGUACCAUUUCUGCACCUUGCCAACAACCCAGUGAAGCAACCCGAGCUCAGGCAUGCCAAGGGCAACCAUGUCACUGCUAGGGUACUCAAGGUAGACUCUAAGAAGCGCCACCUCCUCCUUACCCUCAAACCCAGGUUGGUGAAUGCGAAGGAACCUAUCCUGACUGAAUAUACUCAAGAAGCUGAAAACAUGGUCACAGUAGGCUACAUCAUCAAAAUCAUGUCUUCAGGUUUAUUGAUCGGUAUGUUCAAUGAUGUGAAGGGGUUUGCUCCCAAAUCCCAAGUCAAUAUUCAGUCAAAUGAGGAUCUCAAUGCUGUGUUUGAGAAAGGUCAAGUUGUCCAAUGUAAGAUUCUCAAGGUGUACCCUGAGAAAAAAAACAUAAUUCUGAGUCUCCUUGUUGAUGGUGCAAAGCCACCAAAGGUGCCCAAGUUGAUGAAUAAUGUGGAGAUGAGAUCAAGAGUAAAGUGUGUUGUGGAUAAAGUGAUGCAAGAUGUCAUCAAAGUAAACAUCCUUCCUGAAAACAUUGAGGCUUCUAUACCUGUGUACCAUCUCUCUGAUUAUACAAGUAAAUGUAACCUUCUGAAAGAACUAAUUAAAGAAAGAGAUGAAAUAACAAAUGCUGUGGUAUUCAGUAAGACAACUAAUUCCAUCACACUAACUCUGAAGUUCUCUGUUAGCUUCUGGAUUGAUCAUGGCAGUUCUGAAGCUAUGCAUAACACAGAUUUAAUACCAAAGGAGAGCUAUCCAGCUGUUGUUUCUGACAUUAAGAGCUAUGGACUCUUUGUUGUGACUCCCUCAGGAAAUGCAGGAAAUAGAGGCCUUGUGCACAUUAAGAAUUUAUCCAUUGCUGGCAAGUGGAAUGAUACUAAAGACCUUGAAAUAGGUGUUGGACGGUCUCUUUAUGUCUCUUUCAAAGAUAGGGAUGAAAAAAGUCGUCCCAUAUUGACAUCAGCAGUAAAAGACAACUUAAUAAAUGCAACACAGUCCAGUCUUCAAGUGUUAUACAGCUAUCUGAAAAAUGAAGAAAUGGUUGCAAGAGGAUUUCUGUGUCAGGAAAGCCAAGAAGAAAAGUUUGCUAAGUUUAGAGUCGGAGAUAAGGUGGUGGCAUUAGUGACUGAGGUGACUCCCCAUGAGGUUCAUGUGAGGAUCAAAAACAGUACUGUAAAAGGAAUAAUACCUGGUGGUCACCAGUAUGACAAGGCUGCUCUAAAGGUUGGCCAGAAAGUAAAGGCUUGUGUUCUCCAUGUUAAUCAAGAAGAAAGGUCUCUUGAGCUCACUUUAAAACCGAAUCUUAUGUUUAAUAUACAUGUGAAUAAAAAUGAAAAGCUCAAAAUUGGAAUGAAAGUUAAAUGUGAAGUAGUUUUGGCAAAGAAUUUCUUCACUAUGGUGAUUAUGAAAAGUGAAUGUAAGGGGACAGUGGCCUAUCUACCCACAGUGAUGCAUAUGAACAUUUUGAGUGCCAGCUCAUUGAGCACUGUGGGCAAGAAGUGCUGGAUGGUGGUGAAGCAUGUAGAGGGACCAUUGGUGCUGGGGAUCUUGAAGCACCAUGACAAAGGGGAGGACUUUAACCUGACCUCCAAGUUACCACAGAUUGUUUUCACUCCUUGUGAUGAAAGAGAGGCUGAUAAUAAGAAUGAGGAAGAGGAAAUAGACAUUGGGGAUAGCAAGAAAAUUGAACCAGACAUAGAGGAUUCUAAGACAGUAUCAGAAAUGCAUGUUGACAGCAGCAUCCCACUGACCAAAGAAGAAACAAAGGUCACUAAGAAGAGACAGUUGGAGACCAAGGAAACAAAGAAACCUAAGAAAUUAAAAACCAGAGAAGUGGUAAUCCCAGAAGAUGAAAAGGAUGAUUCAAAUGAAGAAGACUCAAGUAGAAACUCAGUCAGUGAGGGAGAGGAAGCAAGUGAUAGUGAAAUGAAGGAGGACCCAAGGAGUGACAGUGCCAACCAUAAACCUUGCCUCACAGUGAAGACUGGCUUUGUGUGGGAUGUCCCUGACACCUUAGAAAAUCAUGAGUUAGAAUCUUCUGAAAGCGAGGAUGAAGAACAGUCAAAGAAAAAGGUGAAGCAACUGAAGAAGUCAGAUCGCAUAGCAAUGGCACAAGAGGAGGAGCAGCGCCUGCACCAGUUGGAACUGUCACGAUUGGAAGAAAGUCAAACACCACAGUCGGCUCUGGAGUUUGAGGCACUUCUCCAGAACAGUCCUAACUCUUCUGCUGUCUGGAUACAGUUCAUCAGUUUUCACCUUGAGAGUGCUGAGGUAGACAAAGCCAAAGCUGUGGCUCGGCGAGCACUACAGGUAAUAAGCACACAAGAAGAGGAGGAACGACUCAACAUCUGGACUGUGUUGCUAAGACUUGAAGUGUUGUAUGGCAGUCUAGAAACAGUGGCUGAAGUAUACAAGGAGGCUCUUGCCACCAGUGACCACCUCAAGAUCCACCUUGCCAUGGCCAUGGUAUACACUGAGGCCAACAAAAUCAAGGAGGCAGAGAGAGUGUACUUCAACAUGACUAAGAAAUUCAGUCAGGAGCUCAGUGUGUGGGUGAAAGCUGGCAUCUUCUUCUUCAGCCACAACAUGAUGAAGGAAGGCCGCCAUUACCUGGAGCGAGCUCUGCACUCCUUGGACAAAAAGGAUCAUGUGGAGCUCAUUAACCGGUUUGGCCAGCUAGAGUUCCGAUUUGGGGAGAUGGAACGUGGGAGAACCAUGUUUGAGUCUCUAUUGAGUACUUAUUGGAAGAGGAUGGACAUUUGGAGUGUCUAUGUGGACCUUCUAACUAAAAACAAUGAUAUUGAGGGAGCAAGACAUGUACUGGAGCGCAUGACAAGCUUGAAGUUGAGACUCAAGAAGAUGCGAUUUGUAUUCAAGAAGUUUUUGGACUUUGAAAAGGAACAUGGGAAUUCCCAGAGUGUUGAGGCAGUGAAGCAGCGAGUGGAAGAAUUUGUGGCAGCAACACUUCAGUGAGACACUUGAUGUUCCACAUAUUACUUGUUCUAUAACUAUUACAACUGGUGUACUACACUUACUACAACAGUAAAGUCAUUAAUACUGCAAAUUACAUUUGUUAUAAUAAUAUCAAAAUAACGACAGAAAUUGUACUCACUUUUAAUGAAUUUUACCAAAAUAUCCCUCCUAAGCUAGAUAAUCCAUCUAACAUAAACCCCCUCUACUUUUCUGAAUGUAAUUACCCAACAUCAAUGACUGUUCCACUAGUAAAUAUACACAAUGUCGCCAGUGUCAUAAACACCUUAGAAAACAAAAUCAAUUAUCAGUAUCUAUAUCAAAGCUGGUAAAGAUCAACUAGUUGUGCCAUUAGCACAGCAUCAAUCAGUUUCCCUCAGUGCCUUCAACAUGUAACAGUUAUUCCCAUCUACAAAAAAGAUUCCAAAGGUGAAUUAAAUAAUUACCAUCCUAUAUCAGUGUUAAGUGUUUAUACAGAAAUUUUUGAGAAAUUGAUAAAAGUUUCUCAUCAAUUAA